GUCCGUUCGGCCUGCUACUCGGGUGUCAUUGUCUACGAACUCAAAGCCAAAAAUGGUGUUCCUGUCAUGCGCCGCAAACACGAUGCCUUUGUUAAUGCAACUCAGAUUCUUCGUGCUGCUGGUCUUCCAAAGCCCGCUCGCACAAAGGUUUUGGAAAAAGAUAUAUCAAUGGGCCCACACGAGAAAAUUCAAGGCGGCUACGCUGGUUUCCAAGGUACUUGGGUACCCCUUGAUAGUGCCAUCAUGUUGGCUGAAACCUACAAAAUGUGGGAUGAGCUGCAGCCUUUGCUAGAGUAU